AUGUGGCUCACAAGGGUUGCCUCUUCGGCCACCUUCCUGAGUGCCAUCAUCUUCACCAUACCGCUAGCCUUCGACAUAGGCGGUAGGACCUGCGGACUGGCCUUCUCCCUAUCGCUCGCCAGCUACUACUUCUUCUAUUCCGCCCUCCGCCUAGCGACGCCUGAUGGAUCACGGUUCCGGUGGACCCUUGUGCAGCUGAUUGCGUGGACUCAGUGGUUCGUGUUGCCAGCGCUGCUGAUAUGGAGCUUGAAUAAAUUCUCCGUCGACUCGGACAACAACGGUGGUUGGGUGGAGCGAACCUUUGGCGGGAAGCGGGCUCACGACUCGUCGGUGCAGGAAUGGCUGUUUGGCAGUGGUGGACUGGUCGAGAGCGCCACUAUCGGCAGCUGGGACAAGAUUCUGAGAUGGUCGACACCCGUGUUCCAGAUUGGGGAGGGUUUCUGCAGCUUGCUCGUCAUCCAAGCUGCUGGCCAGAUCACGCGCUGGCUUGUGAAUCGGGAGCGAGGAGAUAGCUGGAUGAUCGGACUGUUGGUCCUAUCCGCAUCCAUUCUUUCUAGCUCCGUCUACUUCCUUUGGCGAAUUACUACUUUCCCAGAGAUCAGCAACGUGGACGCCAUACUGAUCGGCGCUGCCAUCACAUGCUCUGUGUUCCUGUGCUCUUGGGGCAUAGGCAGCGGACGGGGUAAUCCGGUGGAAAGCUCCCUCUUGUUUGCCUAUGUCACUCUCUGCAUCUAUCAAAUCUUCACCGACUACCAACCGUCUAGCUCUGCCGAGGCCAGCCCUCCACCAGCCCAGCCAGCUUUGCCUCCUCUCCCUCCGAUAAUCAUGGCCUCGUAUACCACGCUACUGCAUAUCUUCUCAACAUUACCUACCAUGAUCCAUUCCGGUUACAACCUUAUAGUUGGAGCCAUUAUGACCAUCACGCCCUCCGUCAUUAUUUCGCUCGCUUACCGCGUCUUCGUCAUGUACGCAAGUGCUCGAAUUAUCCCGGCUAUCCGCGAAUCAGGUGCUCGGGCUCUCACACAGGACCCGUCACUAGAUGACAGUGAUGAAGCGGGCCAACUCCUAGGAUUCCUAAGCUGGUUUAGCCCGAGCAUCCUCAUAGCUGUGUACACAAGCCUGUUGAUGCAGCAUUUCGCCUCGACCAACGGUGAUGGAUCGAGUAAUGGUGACUGGUGGAAUAGUCAGGGUGGGGACGCCGGAGGCAACUUCUGGAGAUGGAUCAAUCUAGCGGUCACGAUGGCAUUGUACGCGAUCGAGCUCAAGAUUUCGAAGGAGGAUGACGAUGGGAGACUCACGAGUCACUGGAAGUCGGAUUGA